CACUAUAAAGACUUCUCUCUUUCACUCUCUACCUCAGACCAGAACUCGCUCAUUCUCUCUCUAGAUUCUUCCAUAAUCUCUUCGCUGUCUAACUUUCUACCUACUUAGAUCUCUCUUGAUUGUUUCUCGAGAAUCGACAUGGAAGAGGAUUUCGAUCUUCCAGCUGGAGACGAGAUGAUGAACGAGGACAUGGAUCUUCCCGACGAGGGCCCCAUUUUGAAAGUGGGCGAAGAGAAGGAGAUUGGGAAACAAGGAUUGAAGAAGAAACUUCUCAAGGAAGGUGAAGGUUGGGACACUCCUGAAAAUGGCGAUGAAGUUGAAGUUCAUUACACGGGGACAUUGCUGGAUGGGGCUCAGUUCGAUUCCAGUCGAGCUAGGGGGACGCCAUUUAAGUUUACGCUUGGUCAAGGCAAAGUGAUUAAAGGAUGGGACGAAGGUAUUAAAACAAUGAAGAAAGGCGAAAAUGCCAUUUUCACCAUUCCUCCUGAGCUCGCUUAUGGUGCUUCUGGGUCAUCACCUACCAUUCCUCCCAAUGCCACACUUCAGUUUGAUGUUGAAUUGCUGUCUUGGACUAGUGUCAAGGAUAUAUGCAAGGAUGGUGGUAUAUUUAAGAAGAUUCUUGCUGAAGGAGAGAAAUGGGAGAAUCCCAAGGACCUUGAUGAAGUUUUAGUCAAAUAUGAAGCUCAGCUUGAGGAUGGAACGGUUGUUGCCAAAUCUGAUGGAGUAGAGUUUACUGUCAACGAGGGUCAUUUUUGUCCUGCUCUGUCAAAGGCUGUCAAGACAAUGAAGAAGGGGGAGAAGGUUCUUCUAACAGUGAAGCCACAAUAUGGGUUUGGGGAGAAGGGUAAACGCGCAACUGGCAAUGAAGUUGCUGUUCCACCCAAUGCCACACUGCAAAUAACUCUGGAGUUGAUUUCGUGGAAGACUGUGUCAGAGGUGACUGAUGACAAGAAGGUUAUUAAGAAAAUCCUGAAGGAAGGCGAGGGAUAUGAGCGUCCAAAUGAUGGAGCUGUUGUCAAAUUAAAAUUAAUUGGGAAGUUGCAAGAUGGUACAGUAUUUCUGAAGAAGGGCCAUGAUAGUGAGGAUGAUCUAUUUGAGUUCAAGACAGAUGAAGAGCAAGUAAUUGGGGGGCUUGAUAAAGCUGUGAUGUCAAUGAAGAAGGGUGAGGUGGCACAGUUAACAAUUGCACCAGAGCAUGCAUUUGGUUCAUCUGAAUUAAAGCAGGAGUUGGCUGUUGUUCCUCCCAAUUCAACUGUAUACUAUGAGGUUGAGCUGGUGUCUUUUGUCAAAGAAAAGGAGUCAUGGGACAUGAACACCCAAGAGAAGAUUGAAGCUGCAGGUAAGAAGAAGGAAGAAGGCAAUGCUUUAUUCAAAGCUGGCAAAUAUGCUUUGGCAUCGAAAAGAUAUGAGAAGGCGGUCAAAUACAUAGAAUAUGAUUCUUCUUUCAGUGAUGAGGAAAAAAAGCAGGCCAAAGCAUUAAAGAUUGCUUGUAACCUGAAUAAUGCUGCAUGCAAGUUAAAAUUGAAAGAGUACAAACAAGCAGAAAAGCUGUGCACUAAGGUGUUAGAGAUGGAUAGCAGAAAUGUAAAGGCUCUUUACAGGAGAGCUCAGGCGUAUAUCCAGUUGGUAGAUUUAGAUGAGGCUGAGCUUGAUAUUAAAAAAGCCCUUGAAAUUGACCCAGAGAAUAGGGAGGUCAGGCUAGAGUAUAAAACUUUGAAGGAGAAGAUGAGAGAAUAUAACAAGAAAGAAGCCAAGUUUUAUGGCAACAUGUUUGCGAAGAUGGAUAAGCUUGCCCCUCUGGACAAUAAUAAAUCUGAAAGCUGAGCAGGCUGAGCCAAUGAGCAUGGACAGCAACGCAUAAUGAAGAAGUGGAUGAUCAACUGCUACGCUUAGGAGCUGUUUCCUAGUUCUUUUUUUUUUUUUUUUUAAUUAUUUAUUUACUUUUAGGAUUUUCUGUGGCUUUGCUUUAUGCAGUGGAGAACUCUCAAAUUGAUAUUGUGGUAUUGGAACUUGUAAUGGAUUCUUAUUCUUCUAACAAAGAGUUGGGUGAAUGGGUAACAACAUAAGAAAUUUGCGAGGCUUGCAUGCCAUUCUCAUCCA